UGUCGGGAGGUGGGCCACGGCCAGCAUGGAGCUCUCGGAGAGAUGAGAGUGAAAUUGUCGUUGCCGGCGCCUCUGGUGUUCCUGCCCCAGAAUGUUGGUGCACUUAUUUCGGGUCGGGAUUCGGGGAGGACCUUUCCCAGGCAGGUCGCUACUGUCUCUCCGCUUCCAGACAUUCUCGGCCGUCAGGUCCCAGGAUGACCGCCUCAGCUCAACACUCCUCAGGGCCGUAGCCCAACUGAGGUCACAGCUCAGGGCCCACCUCCCUCGAGCCCCACCAACUCGCAGCCGGAUCCCCUCUGCCUGGUGUUGGGUUGGAGGAGCCCUUCUGGGCCCCACAGUGCUGUGUAAGCGUCCCUGCCUCUGCCUUGUGGCACUGUGUGAGGCAGAGAAGUUCUCUCCCACCUUCUCUACAGCCCAUGUCGUGGAGUCCCGCUUUAACUGGAAGCUCUUCUGGCACUUUCUGCGCCCUCACCUGCUGCUCCUGGGGGCAGCCAUUGUGCUGGCCUUGGGCGCAGCACUGAUAAAUGUGCAGAUCCCCCUGCUCCUGGGCCAACUGGUUGAAAUCGUGGCCAAGUACACAAGAGACCACAUGGGGAGCUUCACAUCUGAGUCCCGGAGCCUCGGCACCCAGCUGCUUAUCCUCUAUGGCAUCCAGGGACUGCUGACCUUCGGGUACCUGGUGCUGCUAUCCCACAUUGGUGAGCGCAUGGCUGUGGACAUGCGGAGGGCUCUCUUCAGCAACCUGCUCCGACAGGACAUUGCUUUCUUUGAUGCCAGAAAGACAGGGCAGCUGGUGAGCCGAUUGACCACUGAUGUGCAGGAGUUUAAAUCAUCCUUCAAGCUUGUCAUUUCCCAGGGGCUGCGGAGCUGCACUCAGGUGGCAGGCUGCCUGGUGUCCCUAUCUAUGCUUUCCCCACGACUCACGUUGCUGCUGGCCAUCGUUACACCUGCCUUGAUGGGAGUUGGCACCCUGAUGGGCUCAGGUCUCCGAAAAUUGUCUCGCCAGUGUCAGGAGCAGAUUGCCAGGGCAACGGGUGUAGCCGAUGAGGCCCUGGGCAACGUUCGGACUGUGCGGGCCUUCGCCAUGGAGCAGCGGGAAGAAGAACGCUACAGAGCUGAGCUGGAGGGGUGCCGUUGUAAGGCAGAGGAGCUGGGCAGGGGCGUUGCCAUGUUCCAAGGGCUUUCCAACAUCGCAUUCAACUGCAUGGUCUUGGGCACCCUGUUCAUUGGGGGCUCUCUUGUGGCUGGACAGCAACUGACAGGGGGAGACCUCAUGUCCUUCUUGGUGGCUUCCCAAACAGUACAGAGAUCUAUGGCCAGCCUGUCUGUCCUAUUUGGGCAGGUGGUGCGGGGGCUCAGCGCAGGCACCCGUGUCUUUGAGUACAUGGCUCUGAGCCCCUGCAUCCCACUAUCGGGGGGCUGCUACAUUCCCAAGAAGCACCUGUGUGGCUCCAUCAAGUUCCAGAAUGUCAGCUUCAGCUACCCCUGCCGCCCUGGCUUCGAGGUGCUCAAGGACUUCACCCUGACACUGCCCCCUGGCAAGAUUGUAGCCCUUGUGGGGCAGUCUGGGGGAGGAAAGACCACAGUGGCCUCCCUGCUGGAACGCUUCUACGACCCCACGGCCGGUGUGGUAAUGCUGGAUGGUCAUGACCUGCGUACCCUAGACCCCUCCUGGCUCCGGGGCCAGGUCGUCGGCUUCAUCAGCCAGGAGCCAGUCCUGUUUGGAACAACCAUCAUGGAGAACAUCCGUUUUGGGAAAGCUGAAGCGUCUGAUGAAGAGGUGUACACAGCUGCGAGGGAAGCCAAUGCCCACGAGUUCAUCAGCAGCUUCCCUGAGGGCUACAACACUGUGGUUGGUGAGCGGGGUGCAACCCUGUCUGGUGGCCAGAAGCAGCGCCUGGCCAUCGCACGUGCCCUCAUCAAGCAGCCCACAGUGCUAAUCCUGGAUGAGGCCACCAGCGCACUGGAUGCAGAGUCCGAGCGGGUGGUGCAGGAGGCCCUGGAUCGAGCCAGCGCUGGCCGCACCGUGCUGGUCAUUGCCCAUCGGCUCAGCACUGUCCGUGCAGCCCACUGCAUUGUCGUCAUGGCCAAUGGCCAGGUCUGGGAGGCUGGAACCCAUGAAGAGCUCCUUAAAAAAGGCGGGCUCUAUGCAGAGCUCAUCCGGAGACAGGCCCUGGACACUCCACUGACCUCAGCCACACUUCCAGAGAAGCCAGAAGACCCCAGAAACUGCAAGCAUGAAUUCUAAGGGUGGCCCUUUAAGGUCGGGUUGCUGCCAAGUAGUGAGGCUGGUCUGGGGGAGCUGGCCAGGGACUGAGCCCCUGGAGGGCCAGCAUGCUGGGGAUGUGGCUGCCACCACUGCUCCCUGUUCACAAUAAAGUUGGGCCCAGCGGCUGGGCUUGGAGGUAGGAUCUCUCCCUGCUUGGUCUCUGCCUCCUUCCUGCCAGAGUGCCAGAGUCACUGGACUGCACAUUGGUGAGGAAUCUCCAAGGCCCUUCUGUUCAGUCCUCUCCCUUUGCUCCAGCUUCAAGGAAUUUUGAAAACUGGGGGUUGGGAGCAGGCUGGGAAUUCAGACCUAGUCUCUUCCUUACCCUUGCUAGGCCUCAGUUCCUUAAACUAAGGCCUGACCCACACCCUGUGUUCCCACUGUCUCUCCGGACCUGGGAGAGAACCUCUCCUUGGCCCAUCCUCCACACAGCCUUCCUUCCUUCCCCUCCUCCAGUCUACAGCACUGAUUUCUGGGUUUCACCUCCCCACCCAUUCACCUGCACAGGUACCUAAUAGCCCUGUUCCUAGGUCAGAGUGACAGGGAAGAACAGGGUGUCCCAUACCCACGAGGAGUACCAGCCUGCCUCUGACCUGAUAAAAUUGGACAGCCUCCCCCUGCAUUGAAGACUAAGACAGAACCCGGCACACACCCAGAAUGCUCAGCUGCAGGGUCAUAGUGCCAACAAGUGCAAAACCAAGUGGGAGUGGUUAAUGCGAAGAACAGUGUGAAAUUCAUCUGAGAAAUGGGGAGGCUCAUGGAGAAGGUGGGACAGUGGCCUUGGUGGGUUAGCCAAGGCAUGGGGGGUGCCCACCUGGAGUUUCCAGCACUACAAGGGCUGAGGAAGGAGGAGGGAGAGUUGGAAACCAACCUGAGCUACAUAAUUCAAGGCCAGCAUGAGGUACAUAGCAAGACCUCGUCUUAAAAAAGUGGUAGGAUAGAUAGGCAGACAGCUCACCCAAGUGAAAUGAGUUUAUAGUCCCAAAGCUGUGAAUAAGCAGGCUUGGGCCCCACUCAGCUUUUUAGAUGCCAAGAAAGGUACCUGUGAAAGGCUCUUAAACUGAACUGGUGUCGUCCAGGACCAGGAGCAGUCAAGACCUUGUGUCCUUGUACUACUGCAGAUGCACCAGCCCUCCUCACCUGCUCUCAGGAUCAGUGGCCUCUUGUCUUGAUGCUAUCCAUGUCACUUCUUAUGAAACCAGUUCAUGUCCAGCCAUGUCCAAGCUGUGAGACUCCACAGAGCCCUGUUCCCCAGAGUAGGGAGAGAAGUACUGCACCUUCAUGGCCAGCCAAGCAUUUUGGAUUCUUACUGUGUAUGAAGGGUGGUGCCAUCUUUCAGGGACCAUGGCAGCAGUACAACUUCAGGAUAGCUUCUGAUUCACCUUCCACCCACCCACUAGGGAGUAGUGAAACCUCUGGCCAUGUGUCUGCAUUCACUGUCCUGUAACUUACCUUGCUCUGUCACCUACUUAGUAGAUAUCAGUAGACUGGCUGUGCUUGGUCUUGAAAGCCUCUUCCAAGAAUUAAAUGGAGGUAGUCUGUAAUGAAGUCUUUAAAAAACCACAGUUGCAGGCUGGGUUAUGGUAAUAUACACCUGUAAUCCCAGUUACUACAGUGACUGAGAGGAUCAUGGUUUAAGGCCAGCCUUGACAUAAAGUUAGCAAAACCCCACCUUAAUCAGCCUGGCACCGUAGUGCACACCUGUUGUCCUAGCUAGAAGGAUUGUGGUCUGAGGCUGGCUCUGAGCAAAACGUGAGACUCUACCUAAAAAAUAAAGCAAGAAAAGGACUGGUGCAUAGCUCAAGUGGUAGAGCUUCUGCCCAGUAAGCACAAGGCAAACCCUAGUACCAAGACGGUUGCUGGUGGCUCACACCUAUAAUCCUAGC